GCUCCACGCACACACGCGCACACACACACCGGUGGGAAACAUACACACACUUCCUCUCCGAGGCUGGACAGCAUCGCUCCUGGCCCCGGCAGCGGAGCUCAGAUCCAGGCUUCCAGGCGCCGCAGCCCGCUGUGAAAGUGGACUUUACAUCGCCUUACUUUUUCGCCAUGGGAGACAUGGGGGAUCCUCCGAAAAAGAAGCGACUGGUGUCUCUUUGCGUGGGCUGCGGGAACCAGAUCCACGACCAAUACAUCUUGCGGGUUUCCCCGGACUUGGAGUGGCAUGCAGCUUGUCUCAAGUGCGCCGAGUGCAGUCAGUACCUGGACGAGUCAUGCACUUGCUUCGUCAGGGAUGGGAAGACUUAUUGUAAACGGGAUUACAUCAGGUUAUACGGGAUUAAAUGCGCUAAAUGCAAUAUCGGCUUCAGCAAGAAUGACUUCGUCAUGAGGGCUCGCUCCAAAGUCUACCACAUCGAAUGUUUUCGCUGCGUGGCCUGCAGCCGGCAGCUCAUCCCGGGAGACGAGUUCGCCCUGCGGGAGGACGGCUUGUUCUGCCGCGCUGACCAUGAUGUGGUGGAACGGGCCAGCCUGGGCAGCGGAGACCCGCUCAGCCCCCUGCAUCCGGCCAGACCGCUGCAGAUGGCAGCAGAACCAAUCUCGGCGCGGCAGCCCGCUCUCCGACCCCACGUCCACAAACAGCCGGAGAAGACCACCCGGGUCCGGACUGUUCUGAACGAGAAGCAGCUGCACACGCUGCGGACCUGUUAUAACGCCAACCCGAGGCCCGACGCGCUGAUGAAGGAGCAGCUGGUGGAGAUGACCGGCCUCAGCCCGCGGGUGAUCCGCGUCUGGUUCCAGAACAAGCGCUGCAAGGAUAAGAAGAAGAGCCUGCUGAUGAAGCAGCUGCAGCAGCAGCAACCCAACGACAAGACGAACAUCCAGGGAAUGACGGGCACCCCGAUGGUCGCGGCCAGCCCGGAGCGACACGACGGCGGCAUCCAGGCCAACCCGGUGGAGGUGCAGAGCUACCAGCCGCCCUGGAAGGUCCUCAGUGACUUCGCCCUGCAGAGCGACAUCGACCAGCCGGCCUUCCAACAACUGGUCAGCUUCUCAGAGGGAGGACCAGGUUCGAACUCAACAGGCAGCGAGGUAGCAUCCAUGUCCUCCCAGCUUCCCGACACGCCGAACAGCAUGGUGUCCAGCCCCAUCGAGGCAUGAGGAGCGCCUGAACACACAGCCCACCCACCCACCCCCCGUCAUCCCAUCCCUCCUGACUGGGUGUAGGCUACUUUCACACUGUGAAGACAAUCAUGGGAUUUACUGCAGCCACCCAUCCGGGGUUCUAUUCGGACGGACCUGCUGAGCGCAGCUCUCAGAUGCCAAAAGGAGGAGAGGAAAGGAGCGGACCCUGCUGGGAGCGCAUCUCCAUCACGUAGGCCUACUUUCGAUACGCUCAGCUUUCAAAAAACUAAACGAUGGUGUUUUUUUUAUUUUUAUUGGUUGACCCUCAUCAUAUAAACCCACCAGAUCAUCUGGAUCUAUCUGAUCUGUUCAUCUGACUGAGGCCAGAGGCUUUUCAAACCAGCUUUACCUCCACUUUGCCACAGCCGCUGUGGGACAUUUGGGAGUUGGCCUAUAGUGUCCGUCCAACAAUAGGCGAUUUCUUUUUCUUUUUCUUUCCCAAAGACAUGUAAAUUAUUCAGUUAGUUCUCUGCAAGAAAUUGUAUUGUUUGUUCCCGUUCAACAGAAUUAUUUAUUAUUUAUUGCUGAAAGAAUUUUGCCACCUUUUAUGUAACUUUCGUAAAAGAAGUAAAACAGAAACAAAGAGAAA